GAGAGGGCCAAGGGCGAAUGGGGAUCGGGAUCCAGAUCUCCCCUCAUCCCAGCUCAACCCUUCCAGGUCUGACAUCUUCCAGAUCUGUGGACUUCAAUUCCCAGAAUUCCCCAGCCAACUUGGCCUUUGAUGAGAAUUCUGGGGGUGGAAGUCCACACAUCUGGGAAGCACCAAGGUUAGGAAAGGUGUGCUACCCUAUCCCUGGGAAAUGAGCGCAGAUUGCAGGAUGGCUAAAUCAGCAUUGCAGCUGCAAUGGACUAUACAAGAGAUUCCAAAAUGCCAAGCCAGGAGUCUUUCGGGAGUUACCAGGAUGAGACUAAAACAGGACAAGAUUUUACCUGGGUGGUUAAGGCUAACAACCGGGCUUAUCAUGCACAAAUUCGAAAGAGGCAUCUCUGGUGUUUGAAGAAGAGAAAAUAUGCAGGCAAUGCCAUUAAGACGGCUAAGUACAACUUUUUCACUUUUCUCCCUCUCAACUUGUAUGAACAAUUUCACCGGAUGGCCAACGUAUACUUCUUGUUCAUAAUUCUUUUGCAGACCUUCCCACAAAUCUCCACACUGCCUUGGUUUGCACUUCUCUUUCCCCUCGGUAUCUUGCUCUCCAUCAGAGGCAUCCGUGAUUUAAUUGAUGAUGUCGCACGACACCGAAGUGAUGGGGAAAUCAACAACCGACCUUGUGAGAUCUUGAGAGGUGGAAGUUUCUGCAAAAUGAAAUGGUGCAAUAUACAAGUGGGCGAUAUCAUUUGCCUCCAGAAAGAUAGCUUUGUUCCGGCUGAUCUCCUCUUACUCUCCAGUUCAGAACCAAACAGCCUCUGCUAUGUGGAGACCAUGGACAUAGAUGGAGAGACUAACCUGAAAUUCAGACAAGCUCUUCUGGUAACACAUGAGCAGCUGACCUCCACGGAGAACUUAGCUGCCUUUGACGGUGAGGUGGUCUGCGAAGAGCCAAACAGCCGGUUACACAACUUUGUCGGUACCUUAGAAUGGCACGGAGAGAAAUACCCUCUUGAUUGUGAGAAAAUCCUGUUGCGUGGCUGUAGAGUACGUAACACAGAAGCCUGCUACGGCCUUGUUAUUUAUGCAGGUUUCGACACCAAAAUCAUGAAAAACUGUGGAAAGAUCAAGUUAAAGAAAACGAAACUCUGCCAUCUGAUGGAUCGUCUUGUGCUCUUGAUCACAGUCUCUCUCCUCCUGACCUCCUUCGGCCUUGCUAUUGGCUCAGGAUUAUGGGCCACCAAAUUCUUCCAGGGACACAGCUACCUUUUUGCCUUCUACAACCACACCAGUCCAGUCAGCUAUGCCUUCUUUGCAUUCUGGGGAUUCCUCAUCCUCCUAAGCUUGGUCAUCCCCAUGUCCAUGCUCAUCACGUUUGAAUUUAUCUACCUGGUCAACAGCUGUUUCAUCAACUGGGACACAGAGAUGUAUUAUGCAGAGAAGGACACACCUGCCAAAGCUCGGAGCACAAGUCUGAAUGACCAGUUGGGGCAGAUUGAAUAUAUUUUCUCAGACAAAACAGGCACUCUGACUCAAAACAUCAUGACUUUCAAGAAAUGUUGUAUCAACGGAAUCAUCUAUGGUUCAAACAAGACUGAAUGCAAAUCCAUGGAUUUAAGCUGGAACAAAUAUAUAGACACGAAGCUGGAAUUUCAUGAUCAGUUGCUUUUGGAUACUAUCCGGCGUGACCAGGACCCGGUAGUGAAGGAAUACAUGCGGUUGCUUGCCCUGUGUCACACUGUCAUGGUGGAGGAGAAAGAAAGUGAACUUGUUUACCAAGCCGCUUCUCCAGAUGAGGAAGCCCUGGUAACAGCUGCCAGAAACCUGGGUUAUGUCUUUCUCUCCCGCACUCAAGAUACCAUCACGAUAAGUGAACUGGGCAUACAACGGACUUACAAGGUGCUGGCAUUGUUAGAUUUCAACAGUGUGAGAAAACGGAUGUCUGUUUUAGUGCAAGAUCCUGAAGGUUGCAUCAAGCUUUACACCAAGGGGGCAGAUUCUGUGAUCCUAGAAAGACUCCACAGUGACCGGAUCAAUGAAGGUUGCACCAUCAAAGCACUGGAUAGUUUUGCAGCGGAGACCUUAAGGACUUUAUGCCUGGCUAUGAAAGAGGUGGACAAAAAGGACUACGCUCUAUGGAGCAAGAAACACCAUGCGGCGAGCAUCUUAUUACAGGACCGGGCCGAAGAGUUGGACAAAGUAUAUGAGGAGAUUGAGCAGAAUCUCAAGCUUCUGGGUGCCACAGCCAUAGAGGACAAAUUACAGGAUGGGGUCCCUGAGACCAUUCGUCUUCUCAAAAGGGGGGGCAUCAAAGUGUGGGUGCUAACUGGAGAUAAGCAAGAAACUGCUGUCAAUAUUGGGUUUGCUUGCCAACUCCUUUCUGAAGACAUGACCAUUCUGGAGGAGAGUGAAAUCAGGGAGAUUCUUGAACCAUCCUGGUACAGCAGCAACAGUUUGGCUGGCAGCGGUGAAGCCCUGUGCAACAUCAGUUCUUUUCUUCCUUACCAGGCUUCGCAUGUCAAAAAAGCCCUGGUGGUCACUGGGGACUUCCUUGAGAAAAUCUUUCACACGGAGGAGAAGAAGAAAGCAAAGAAGAAGAAAGGCCUUUUGGAGCACUUGCGCUUCCGGACUGCGGACAUCAGCAAGGAGCAAGGAAACCUCACUGAAAAAGUAUUUGUGGAACUGGCUACCACCUGCCAAGCUGUGAUCUGCUGCAGGGUCACGCCCAAGCAGAAGGCCCUCAUUGUGCAAAUGGUGAAGAGACACAAGAACGCCAUCUCCUUGGCCAUCGGAGACGGGGCCAAUGAUGUCAACAUGAUUAAAACUGCGGACAUAGGGAUUGGAAUCAGCGGGCAAGAAGGCAUGCAAGCAGUACAGUGCAGUGAUUAUGCGCUGGCUCAGUUCCGCUAUCUUCAGAGGCUCCUCUUUGUCCAUGGCAAGUGGUCCUACCUCCGGAUCUGCAAAUUUCUGCGCUACUUCUUCUUCAAGACAUUUGCUGGCAUGAUGGUGAACAUCUGGUUUGCUUUCUAUACAGGAUUCACAGCACAGCCUCUGCUGGAGGGCUGGUUCCUCGCCCUUUAUAAUGUGGUCUACACAUCGUUCCCAGUCCUGUGUUUGGGCUUGUUUGAACAGGAUGUGAAUGCCAAGAAAAGUCUGCAGUUCCCUGAGCUGUACAAGGCAGGUCAAAAAGACCUCUUCUUCAAUUUUGAGAUAUUCUUUGUGUCGUUCAUCCAUGGAUCCUUUGUCUCUUUGGCCAACUUCUACAUCACCAUGUGGGCUAUGGGGGACAGAUCGGGCAUCCGGGUCACGGGUGAUUAUCAGUCCUAUGCUAUGAUUGUUGGAACCUCCGCCAUCUUGACAAUCAUGGCUGAGAUCAUGCUGGAGAUGAAAUUCUGGACCGUCUUCUCUUCCCUGGCCAUCUUGAUCAGCUUCCUCCUUUAUUGCCUUUUCACGUACCUCACUCAAAACUUCGAAGCCUACAGAACCAGUCCCCAAAUGUUCCCCUUUCUUGAGGCCGCCAGGAACGCUCUGACUGACCCAACUGCUGUGCUUGUCAUCUUGUUGUGUGUUGUGGUGAACAUCAUCCCCUCCCUUGUUGUCCGUUUUGUGUGCAAUACCAUCAGCCCUCCGACUAUGUCAGAGAUGUUUCAAGCCCGGGAGAUCCAGAAGAAGCAUUCGACGGUGGAGCUGACAUCUCACAACAGUAGGAAUUCGUUCCUGAGGCGUUCCAGCUACGCCUUUUCCCACAAGGAAGGAUACGCCCAUCUCAUCGCCAAGGGAGCCAGUUUGCGGAGCAAGAGCGUCCCUGUCCGCAGGAAACUGAACGGUUUGUUCAGCACCCAAAGCCCUGGAAAAGACAACUCACUGCCAACUGAGAUCAACGCUGCCCCUAAAGAAGCUUCUUCAGAGCAGAAGGUCCAACUCGGUUGAAGGAGACAAAGCCUAUUACAGAUAACAGGAAGGGCCAUCGCUGGGCCUGUAUUCCCUUGUCCUGCACAGGAGUGACUUUUGCCUAAAUGCCACAAUUUCUUCCUGAAUCCAAGGAUUGCACUGGGCAGAAGCUUUCCAUGGACAGUGUCUGUUUGUCAUUCAUGAAGUUCUGAGUUCGAAUCCUAGAGACAUCUGACUCAGAUUUCAUUGAUCGGAUCGUCUCAUUCUUUUUUUUCUGCCAUAUUCUAUUCUGUGCAAUAAUCUUGCGAGUGAUAAUUAAUCACCUUGGCUAGGUUACAUAGAGAUGGUGGGCAGUCAGUGGGUACCGGUACUGGCCCAUGCCAUCCUAAGAAAACAGUGUUUGCUCUGGUUUCAAAUCUGGAAGGCUUUGCAGAUCUCAGCCCAAAGUUCUCGUCUCUAGGCAAGCUUAAAAGCCUCAGAACUAUGCAGGGUAGUUCCUGGUAAAGGAGAAAAUCCUUGCUUGCAGAAAGUCACCAUCUCAGGCAGAAGGACCUCCAAAUUCCAAUUAUGGAAAGGGCAGACAGCAGUGGUGGGAUUCAAAUAAUUUAACAACCGGUUCUCUGCCCUAAUGAUUUCUUCCAACAACCAGUUCAUCAAACUACUCAGAAAGUUAACAACCGGUUCUCCCGAAGUGGUGCGAACUGGCUGAAUCCCACCACUGGCGGACAGUGAAUGCUGGAAGAAAGACAUACCAUAACUUUAAGAGGUUUGGACUUCAACUCCCAGAAUUCCUUGGUCACCAUGUCUUUCAUGUCCUUCAUGGUGUUUCAGAUGUAUGAGCCUAGUCUAGUGAAGAGAAGGAGCAGGGGAGACAUGAUAGCAGUGUUCCAAUAUUUGAGGGGCUUCCACAGAGUGGAGGGGGUCAAGUUAUUUUCCAAGGCACCCGAAAGCCAGACAAGGAAUAAUGGAUGGAAACUGAUGAAGGAGAGAUUCAACCUAGAAAUGAGGAGGAACCUUCUGACAGUGAGAACAAUCAACCCAUGGAACAGAAGUUGCCUUCGGAAGUUGUGGGAGCUUCAUCACUUGAGACUUUCAAGAAAAGAUUGGACUGCCAUUUGUCAGAAAUGGUGUAGGGUCUCCUGCUUGAGCGGGGGGUUGGACUAGAUGUCCUGUAAGGUCCCUGCCUACUCUGUUAAUCUGAGCCUAAGUGGUUAAACUGGUUUGCAAAGCAAAGUCCAAACAUCAUUGUGCCAAAAAGAAAGUUUUCUCUCCCAAAUCAGAGAAAAGGCUAUGCCAUCCAGCACACUCUUCAUAAUGGUUACCAAUCACAGGUCUCUGGAAAGUCCAUAAAUUGGUCACCAUUGCAAUAGCCUUCUUCUGUUUCUUGUCCCCAGUGUCUGGUAUUUAAGUUUCAUUUCCUUAAUUUGUGCAAUGCCAAUUAAUAUAAUAUGGGAAAGUAAGAGAAGGGCAACCAGAUCCGACAGAAUUACUAUCUAAUUUAGAACAAACAUGCAAAGAGCCGCUUGGGAGAUCUGUGGAAGUUCCCCAACAAUCAGGCCUCAUGCCAACUGCCUAUUACCAGCAUUUGUUAUCUAAAGAUAGACUGCUCCUGCUUAUGGGUAGUUCCUUCUCAGCUAUCAUGGGCUUACAGGCAGGGGGCAGACAACCAAAGUAAUAUGAUGGCGGGAUUUUCAAUCUACUUUUUAAGAUUUAUUUUAAAAAGUAGGGCUUUAUCUAUCUUUUCUGGCUGUGAGAAAGGUGAACAAGGUGUGUUUGCAUAUUUCUUUUAAAAAUAUAAUAAACAUAUUUUUUAAAAAACAA